CAGUCCUGAGCCUGAGUAGUCCAACUGCCCUGUCACAGCAGCUGGCUGUCAUCCAUGCCCAGAGCACAGUGAGGAGUAACUGAGCUUCCUUCCGUGUAGAGAAAGUAAACAGUUAAAGUCUUGGGGCAGCUGCAAUCAUCUGGGCGUGGUUCUCUGGUCUGACUUGGGCUGCAUAGAUCCUGGGCCAAGAGGCAGAGGAAGGACGGCUUAGGCUUAGGUGGCAGAGUGUCCCAGAUGGCUGAGUUGGAACUAAUGGCCCCAGGGCCACUGCCAGGGGUUACUGUUCAUCCUCUAGGCCCUCUUCUUUCAAACUCUGAGUCAGCCAGACGAGUAGAAGAAGAGGACACAGGCUCCCUGGGAAGGCCUGUGGAAGAGACAACAGAGGGACAGGGCAGUGGCCCAGCUGAGCUUGGGGCUUCUGGUGGAGAGGGGGAUGGGGAGAUCUUGUGUGACUUUUGCCUUGGGGGCAGCAAGGUGAGAGCGGUGAAAUCCUGCCUGACCUGCAUGGUGAAUUACUGUGAGGAGCACCUUCGGCCACACCAGGAGAACAGCAAACUGCACAGCCAUCAGCUGACUGAGCCGGUGAAGGACCGAGACCUGCACACCUGCCCUGCCCAUCACAGCCCCCUGACUGCCUUCUGCUGCACUGAUCAGCAAUGCAUUUGCCAGGAAUGUGCCCAGGACAAGCACAGGGACCACGCUGCUGUUCCCCUGGAGGCAGCCCGAAGGCACAAGGAGGCUGAGCUUCAGUGCAUACAACUGGACCUGGAGCAGAAACUCAAACUGAACGAAAAUGCCAUUGCUAGGCUCCAAGCCAACCAUAAAUCUGUUUUGGUGUCAGUGUCAGAAGUCAAGGUGACAGCUGAAGAGCAGUUUGGGGAACUCCUUGCUGCUGUGAGGAAGGCCCAGGCUGAUGUGAUGCUCUUCUUGGAGGAAAAGGAACAAGCUGCUCUGAACCAGGCCAACAGCAUCAAGACCCACCUGGAGUACAGGAGUGCAGAGAUGGAGAAAAGCAAGCAGGAGCUGGAGAGGCUGGCAGCCAUCAGCAACACUGUUCUCUUCCUGGAGGAGUACUGUGAGUUUAAGAACAGUGAGGACACUGCCUUCCCUAGCAUUUACAUAGAGCUAAAGGAUAAACUCUCAGGCAUCUGCAAGGUCAUCACAGACUCUACCGUACACUUAAUCCAGUUGCUGGAGAACUAUAAGAAAAACCUCCAGGAUUUUUCCAGAGAAGAGUAUGACAUCAGAACGCAAGUGUCUGCUAUUGUUCAGCCGAAGUAUCGAACCUCAAAGCCUGAACCUAAAACCAGGGAAGAAUUCCUACAAUAUGCAUGUGACAUCACAUUUGACCCAGACACAGCACACAGGUAUCUCCGGCUGCAGGAAGACAACCGCAAAGUCACCAACACCACACCUUGGGAGCAUCCUUAUCCAGACCUCCCAAGUAGGUUUGUGCAUUGGCGGCAAGUGCUGUCCCAACAGAGUCUGUACCUGCAUAGGUACUAUUUUGAGGUAGAGAUCUCUGGUGCAGGCACCUAUGUUGGCAUGACCUGCAAAGGCAUCGACCGGAAAGGAGAGGAACGCAACAGUUGCAUUUCAGGAAACAACUUCUCCUGGAGCCUCCUUUGGAAUGGGAAGGAGUACACAGCCUGGCACAGUGACACAGAGACUCCACUCAAAGCUGAUCCUUUCCAGAGGCUUGGCAUCUACAUUGAUUUCCCAGGGGGGAUCCUUUCCUUUUAUGGUGUAGAGUAUGAAGCCAUGACUCUGGUUCACAAGUUUGACUGUAAGUUUUCAGAACCAAUUUAUGCUGCUUUCUGGCUUUCCAAGAAGGAAAAUAUCAUUCGGAUUGUGGAUCUGGGAGAGGAGCCCAAGAAACCAGUGCCAUCCUCAGUGGCGACUGCUCCCUAGAUUCUAGGCUCUAUCUUGCAGGCAUUGCUAACUAAAUGAUGGGGCAGCAGUUUUUUUGUUUUGUUUUGUUUUGAUACUGGAGAUUCAACUGAGGGAAUUUGUACU